UUCCCAAGGUUGAUUCAGCAAGCCCACAUAUGCUUCUAGUUAAAUAUUCAUUACGAUCACAGCAAAAACCACGCAAGGUAACCUGGGCUCCUUGCCGGCAAUUGUCAGUAGUCGUGGUGUUUAUCGUGGUGUAGGGAGUCGGGAAUUCCCAGCUGACCCUAACGCAGACAUUGCCAGCUCCGAGUCAUGGCGACAAGAAACUGCCUUCUUUUAUUUAUUUUGGCAAUUUUAACAUUUAACUCAAAGGAAACUCUUGCCACAGAAGAAAGCGUCAAAGAAAUUGCAUCAAAGAACCAAGGCACCGGAUGUGUCAAGCUAUGUCCAGCCGGACAAACCUGCACCCUUGUCAGCGGCCGCGAGACAUGCUCGUGUGUGACCACAUGUCCAGAUCAUCACAAACCAGUAUGUGGCUCGGACGGACACUUGUAUAUAAAUCACUGUGAUCUUCACCGGCUAGCCUGUACUACCGGACGCAAGAUCAGCAUCGAUUGGGAUGACACUUGUAGGGAGUUGGAGGUCGCCAAGAAUAAAUGCAACGAACGUAAGAUAAAGACUCUAAAACACAGGAUCCUUACACACUUUAGCCAAGAGCUGGUCGGUCAUAUUACUGCCAGGCGGUACAUCGUCAUGUUGUUUGGUCGACAAGACGGCAACAAUAACCGGAGGCUUGACAGAGCCGAGGUUGGCCGUUUCCUGCUGAAUUACGCCAUGUACCCGGAUGUGCGCGCGAUUCUCGCGUAUUGCGAUGCCGACGACUGGAUGAACUACGAGGACAUGGACAUGGAUGACGUCAUCAGCGUGCACGAGUUUUUUAGGUCAUACGAGCCAAGUAAACGCGAACAAAAUCUCAGUGCAGUCCCCUUACCCGUGCUCCUGCCGGAAGUAGCAGAGCCUAAUGUAACAGCGGAGAUUCGAAAGCGCCAAAACAAAGCGGAAAAAGCUCAACCGGCAGAGAAAUCUAAAAUGCAAACAAAAAGUGAGAAUUCCAAAGACCAAAAGACUGAAAAUGAAACAUCGAAGGUAGAAAAGGCGCAAGACAAAUCGACCGUACAGCCGACCUCUCUCAGACCGUUAGCUUUGCCUACACGUGAACCGGAAGUUAAAACAACGACAACAUCAGAAGUGAACCGGGUGACGGAAAAAACGCCAGCAACAAAGAAACCAGAAGUGCCUUUUUCACAACGAGCAACAGAAACAACCAAGCAAAAUGAACCCCAUUUAGAAACAGAAAGAAAGUCAAAGAAAGAUUUGACGGAGCCAAUUAUUGUAAACCUGAAGAAAGAGCCACUUCCGCCGAAAGAAUCAACAAGGGCAAGACCGGGGGUGACGCAUAAAAAGGAUCUAUCCGUAAAGACAAGAAACGUCUUCUUUGCAUUUGCCGAUGAGGGCAUAAACGUUAUCGACCCUGUGACGUCAUCUGUUGUUCACCGAAUGAGAGGCAAUGACGUCAUCCAGAAUACAGCUACCAAGGUAUGCGGCGACCAGGCCUGCAGCUGGGGAGACGCGGUCGCUGUCGGGAGUGGGGUAAUAUACGCCGCUGAUGUUACAAACCGCAGGCUCAUUGUCGUGGAUGUUUCAAGCCUAGAAGUCGUCGAGGCGAUUAAUGUAAGCGGUUUUCCGUACGACUUGCAGUACGUGUCCGGCCGUGACGAACUGUGGGUACUAAACUGGGCGGAGCGCGUGACAGGGCUUAUCACGCAAGUUCAUGGCGAUAAUGGUACAUUAGCUGUUAUAAAAAAUGCAAUGGAAAAACUCACGCACACUGUCACAGACGUUCCUUUACGUCACGCAAUCCACAGCUUUCAUAUAACAGACAGCUGUCACUUGCGUGACGAGGAGCGUUUCGGUUAUGUCACGCACAUUGAAGAGCCUGGGAUUCACGAGGUUGACUUAGCGGCAAGGGAAAUAUCGCGAUUUAUUGACCUGAGUUCGAGAGGUUGUCAUGGUACAUACGGGUUUACUUAUUCAACCGGCUCUGACUACGGAUUUGUGCAAUGUUUCACAAACGAGAAAAAGACUUUGCAAGCACAAUACCCCAUACACAUGAAAACAGGCACCGUUAUCAAUGUACUCACAGUCAACACUGGUCUACCCCACAUUUCCCCUGACGGGAAAUACAUCGUCUCCUUGAACGAGCACGUGAUCUCUGCAUUGUAUGUUAAUGAGGAACGCACGAUCCAGAUCGGAGAGCCAAUCAAAACAAGUAUGUCACUGAGUGACGCAACGUUCAUAGCAAGGGAUGAUGGGUAUGAUGUGUAUGUGACCGCAAAAGACAUGUCAGCGGUCGUUCUCAUUCACGCGAGCCCGUCGGGGAUGGAGACACAAAAACUGUUAACGGACGUUGGACUUUCAAAAAAGAAGGACUGGGUUCGAGUAAAGAGAUCAAUAGUCACGGGAUGUGAAUAUGAUGCGCGUUACCUGGCAACGCCUGCCACGGCCGAGGAUGCAGUUUUUAUCAUUGAUGGUCAGCGACAGGUCGUUAGCGGUCAUGCGCAGAAAAUAAGAGGAGCGCAGGCGCUUGUAUGGGUCAGCGGCGAGGAAUGAUGCGGCAAUAGUUCUUUGCAGAAUCACUGCAACUUUCAGUUAAAAAGGGGCGAUCGCAUGAUUGGCAAAGCUCAAACAAAUAUGGGGGUUUGAUAAAUGCAUUUUUUUUCUGUCUGGUGUGACUAUCUAACAUCAAUAGGAUAGUAGCGGAAUAGAAAAUUGCAAUUUUAAAUUUGGUACGAAGUUAUUGUAAAUAUCUUUAAACGCUUAUUGCUUAAAAGCAAUCCAAUCAGAAUCUCAAAAUUUAUAUAAUGGGGAAUUAUAUGUUAGUCUGUAUAGUAUUAGACUUGAUUGAGAGAAAAUGGUUCCGUAUACACCAGUUUUUAUUUUGUUAAUUUUUCUUCUACAAAUGUACGAUUGCCCCUUGAAAAUAAAUAUCGUAACACAGAAUGUACAAUGAGGACAAUCGAAAUUUUGCCCAAUAAUGUACCCUCCUUAAUAUGCAUCCGCAUAUUUUCGUGCAUUUCAGUGUAUCAAAUCCUACUUCCGUUUACAAGGUGUUCUUUGAUUAACCAUCAUUAACACUCGCAAUAAUUAAAACGACAAAUCAGUCAUGAACGUUACAAAUAAAAGGCAAUUAGCCAAACUUA